CGCCCUCUAUUGACACAGUCUGGAAACUUUCUGAUCGCACCUCGUAUAUAUAACCAGCCCUCGUCUAUUAUUUGUCAAAGGACAAGUAUUAAUAAAACUUUGACUUCAGUUUUCUUGCUUAGUUUUGACAUGUAGAUACACAAAUCACGCGAUCUUAAUGUCUUCUAAUCGACUCGUCAGUAGGCUCGUUAGCACGCUGGUAGUAUUUUUGGGGCCUAUUCGUUUUGAGUCUGUCUGUUCAACUGUCUGCUGCCGAGCGCAUGGUGUUGAUUUUUCGAACCACGGCCUCCCUCAUAGCAUUUUUUUUUCACUUGCUUAAAUUUAUCGAGAACUUCAUAAUUGCCUCACUCUUAGUUUCGCCACAUGGUUCGUAUCCCAUAAUAUAGGCAGGCUUUGAUAACAUUUAAUAAACACCAACAAAGUUUUUCUCGUAUUUAUAGUACAAUUAGCGUCCACAUGUCUAAAUCGAAGUCUAGAGGCUAAAUGACGAAAUGCAUAGCACAGUCACCUGUCCUCCACCAUACACACGAUCAAAUCCACUGCUGGCGAAAUUAAUUCAGUUUUACUUAGUUAAAGUUCUGUCUUUUAACUGUAUGAAUUGUGUCAUUUUAUCCAGUGUUAGCACGUAAUUUAAAAAUGUUCUUAAUGUAUCAAAAUACCUACAAGUUUUAAUUAUGAACGUGGAAUAGUUUAGUCACUAGUUUGACGUGGGCGGUGGAGACUUACCGCCCUCACCUCUCACCCCUCAGUCGUCGUAAGUACGCCACACGAAGCCAAAGUAUCGCAGUGAGACGUAGCUGUUCUAUUUGCUGUGUUUGAAUGCUGAUGGAUCCUUUUUGUAAAUCGGCCUACAGUAUCACAGGUGGUAAUGGUGAUGCAGGGUGGAGAUGCAACUUGUGGUAGUCAAGAUUCAAACCCAGGACCACCAUCGUUCCUGUCUUGCUUCUAACACACCACUGAAUCCAGUAGUAAUAAGUUUCAAACCACAGAAAAUGUUGUUCAUUUCACAAAAGGAGGUGACGGAAUUAUUCCGGCCAAAAGUAGACCGAUCUCCCUUUAAUCAAGUUUUGAACAAGUUCAAACUACUACCGACGUGGGAGAAACAGAAAGACUUCCCUUUAUCAAGACAGAGGCUAAGGAUCUCGUCCCGCCUAGAACAGGGACGGAGAGGAAGUAGAAGGAUAAUAAACCCCAAAAGAGGUAAUCGAGGGGCGCUGAAUGUCGAGGACGCUGCGGCCAGGAAAUGGGCCCUGUCAGCCGAUCCAAUGAUCAGGAAAUUUAAAGAUCGUGGACAUGUGGCGGCGUACCUUACUGUUGAAAAACAUCUGGUUUCUCUUGUAACAGCUGGGGAAUUAGUCAAAACACUUUCUCCGUCUGAGCCGCCAUUUUACUGCGCUCCUAGUGGCCACUGUUGGAGUUGUGUAACUUCUCCCAUAUACUACAGAAAUUUUUUAUGCGCAAGCGUGCAUUUAUUCAUGCGUUCAUGCUAUGUUAGUGUGUAAGCAUCUCUGUAUAUGUGGGUUUAUUUUAUUUAAUGAUCCUGUCAAUAACUCAGACUGUACGGCAUCAAAUGGUCAGGUGACCAAUGAAGUGUCCUGAUUUAAGGUAGACCCUACUAUUCCAGUAUGUGUCUGGAGGUGUGAGGAAAACCACGAAGCAUCUCAGUUAUGAUAGCCAAUUUUCAGUCUUAGAUAUCAAUACAUGCCCUCUCACAUAAGAAACAGGAAUGCUAAGUAUUUGUCCGCGGUGUAUGCAUGGGUAACUAUGAACACGUACGCUAUCAAGUCUCGACUUCAGCUGCUUUCCAAAUUUCUCUGUUUUCUGUGCUGUAAACUCUACAUAAACCUAA